CAAAAAAAUUCUUUGUUUACGUCCACAUUGUUGAUUUUCUUCCUACAUUUUCAUUGAUUUUCACGCGUUUCCGCACAUUUUAAUAAAAAAAUGUCAUUAAGUUUGGAAGAUGUAAGCAUUGUGUAUUGGUUUCCGGACCGUGAUAAACACAAAUGCGGAUAUUGUAAGCAAGAAAACUCUGGAUGUUCAUAUGGAAUGUGGGCUGAUUCUUUGACUGUGGAUGAUUAUCAGGAUAUCAUGGAUCGGGGUUGGAGGCGAUCUGGUAAGUAUUGUUACAAGCCGAUCAUGAAAGAAACCUGUUGUCCGCAAUAUACGAUUAGAUGUGAUACUGGUAGUUUUAAAUUGUCGAAAUCUCAAAAGAAAGUUAUUAAAAAAUUUAAUAAAUGGUUGCAUGAUGGGUUAAAUAAAGAAACAGUAUGUGUUAUGGAAAAGAGUCCUGAGGAGGUUGAAAAUGAGAAUGUUGAAAUGGAUGAGGCACAUAUCAAUCAUAUUAUGUUUAAAGAGCGCCCCGAAUGUAUCAACGAUUACAAACAAAUCGAUAAAAAGCUUAAAAUUGAAAUGAAAGAUGAAUUAAUUAAAGAUAAAAGUGAAUCAGAAAAGAAUGAUUUAAAUGUAGAACCAUCUUGUAGUAACAACCUUGAGAAUUAUCUUGGAAAUGUUGAAAUGAAGGAUUUAGGCGUGAAACAAUCAAGAUUUAAAAAAGGGGAUGGCGCAGAUCCGAAAAAACCUUUACAACAGAAAGCAAAGGUGCUUCGACUUGAGCGUAAACGUAAAAAAAUGGAAGAAAAAGGUUUAUCGAUUGAUAACCACAAUCAAUCAAUGGGACAAGAAGUGAAAACUUUAAAAAAUUUCUUAGAGGAAAUCGCUGAUAAUCCCAAGCAUAAGCUUGAGAUUAAACUCUACAGUACUAGUCAACCGGAUGAUGAUUUAACAACGGUAAUGAACAUCGAACAUAACGUUUAUCAAAAAUAUCAAACGAUUGUUCACGAUGAUCCCCCAGAAAAGUGUUCUUUACAUAAUUUUAAACGAUUUUUAAUACAAACGCCGUUAAAGCCGAAAGAAAGUGGGGUAAAUGGUAUAACUUACGGUUCUUAUCACCAACAAUAUUGGAUCGACGGGAAUUUAAUCGCCGUUGGCGUUAUUGACAUUUUACCACGUUGUGUUAGCUCCGUCUACUUCUUUUACGACCCCGAUUACAGAAACUUAACGCUAGGAACGUACGGAUCGUUGAGGGAAGUUGAAUUUACCCAAGAAUUAAACAAAAAAUUACCUGACCUAAAAUAUUAUUACAUGGGCUUUUACAUUCAUUCAUGCUCCAAAAUGAGGUAUAAAGGUAAAUUAAAUCCUUCAGAUUUACUUUGUCCCGAAACUUUCGAAUGGUUUCCAAUCGGAAAAUGUAUUCCAAAGCUGGACGUUUCAAAAUAUAGCAGAUUAAACGAAAAUUUAUCAGCUAAAGAUGUUGGAGUUUGUAAACAGAGUGAUAUUGAGUCGAUUAAGAUAUUAAUUGGGUACCAAUACACGACUUUUAGACACUAUCGAUAUAAAAGCCGUGAUUUGCAUAUGUAUCAGAUGAUUGGGGCUUUAAUUGGAAGGAAAUGCAUUGAUCGCUUUAUGAUUAUUCAGCAAAAUAGUUAAUAACGAAGAGGUUAUGACAAAAAAUGUAACCUCAAAUUCGUGGAAAAAAAAUUGUAAAAAUAGGCGUAAAUAGAGAAUAAUGCAAUAAAAUAAUGUAUAUUUUUGGUUUUUUGUGUAAUUACUGUGUUAACUAUUAUAUUUAAAGAUAUUUAAAAAAAGCAUAUAAUAUAUUAGAUUAAUAUUAGAUGUAGUUCAUUAAUAAAUGUUAUAAAAGUAAAA